UUAUGGGAAAAAAAUGUUUUUUUUGUUGCAUUUGUGAUUCUUUAUUUACGUCUACUGCUGAAAACACAAAACUUUAACUGAUUUAAAAAGAGCCGUGUUCUUUAAUUCUCACAGAAACACGGGAAACUGUGUCAACUUUAGAAGACAAAGGGCCUUCAAAUAUCUCUUUAGAAAAUGAGCAUCUCCCCUUUAAUAUCUCAGAUAUGAUCUUUAAUAAGAAAUUAUUUAAGUAAACUGAGAAGUUCCAAGUGAAUAUCGCUCUCCGCGUUGGCAGCAGAUCAGAGGGAAAGUGGAUGAUUUAUGCAGAUCUUCCAUCACUUGAAAGCCGGGACACGUGUGCCAAAGCGUUUAGCUCCAACCCCGUCUGGAUGAUGCAUUUGCAGCCCCGACGUUCCACUCUUCAGGUUGUAACGACCAACAUUGGCUAAUGAUAGAAUAACACAAGCACCUUUUAACAUUCGUGACAGUGAUUACAGCUUUUCCCUUUGCGGCUGCAAAGCUCAGACGUUUCUGUUCUGCAGAAACCGUCUUGUCCCAACAGUCUGCUCUUCCUUUUGGAUUCAACGCCUUUACUUGAAAAGGUUGAGUCGAAUGCCUCUGUGCCUCGGUCUAAAGGAUAAUAACAGACAAGAACAGUCAUAAAUCAACAAUGACUGUGUUUGCUGCCUCCUCACAUAAGGGGCCGGCGUGGGCUCAACAGAUUACAGGUUUGACACAUUUGGUUAAUGGAGGACACGCAUCGGACCCUCUGUCCUGCAGCUGUGCGCCUCUGAGUAAAAAAGAUCCUGAUUAACGACUAUGAAGGGCGAUUGUUUUUUGGUUUGUUUUUUUUUUCAGCUGAGACGUUCUUCAAGUCUAUUUCUGUUGGAUUUUUUGCUGCUUUUGUUUCAAAAAACGGAUUCAUCCGCUCACUCUUAUUUCCCAUUCCGCUUUGCUCUUUGUGGAAAUGCCAACGUGGUUGCCAUGGUUACUGGUAAAGUCCGUAAACACCUGUUGAGUCGUUUAUUUCUCUCUGUUAUUUUUUUAUUUUUAUUUGUAGAGCAGUGAAUGAAUUAACUGCAUCAUAUCAUUACGAACCUAGUGAUAACGCGUUUCUGGAACCCUCCACGUUUUCUCAGUAAAUUGCUUUAUUCAAAUGAAUAGAAAGUAAACAGCUAAUGUAAUUCUGUUAAACAUCUAUUUUGUCUCAAAAUCAAUUGAAAUUAAAUUCGUCUUUCUUCCCUAACAAUUCUUUUUUCUAAGAUCUGUUUUGUUUGAAUCUGAUAACAGUGACGAGUAUUUAAAAUCUGAUAAAAUGCAUAAAAAUGUAUACAUUUUUUCAUAUGAGUAUAUAAAGUACUUUAGUCAUUAUACAUUAUAACUAUUUAAGCAUUUCAUUUAGUUCUAGGUUUUGAUGUUUCACAUGCGACCAAUGAAGUGAAUAGAUCUAGAAGUAAAGGAUUGUUCUGUAACCUCACUCGUCCACUAGGGUCCCUCUCUUUCACACUCGUUCAUUCCUCUCCGUCUCAGGGCAAACCUCUACCUCUCUAGCUUCUCCUCCACCUGUUUCCUGCGCUCACGACAAAUCACAAUAUCAUCUGCAAACAUCAUAGUCUGUGGAGAUUCCUGUCUAACCUCAUUUGUCAGCCCGUCCAUCAUCAUUGCAAACAGGAAGGGGCUCAGAGCUGAUCCCUGGUGUAAUGCCACCUCCACCUUGAACUCUUCUGUCACCCCUACAACACGCCUCACCACUGUCUUACAGCCCUCAUACAUGUCCUGCACUGCUCUAACAUACGUCAUACAAUACCAGUUCCUUUCUCCAGAUCUUCAAAGACACUGUUUAGCUCUCUCGGACCUUUCCGUACUUCUCUAUCAACAUACUCGAACCAAAUCAGUAGUGCUCUGUCUUGGCAUGAAACCCUACUGCUGCUCACAAAUGUUUGCUUCUGUUCUUAGUCUAGCUUCAACUACCCUUUACCAUCACUUCAUUUUAUGGCUCCUCAACUUUAUUCCUUUGUAGUUGCCACAACUCUCCCUUAUUCCAAAACAAAUGGGCCCCAUCACACUCCUCCUCCAUUCCUCAGGCAUCUUCUCACCACCUAAGAUCGUGUUGAAUGAUCCAGUCAAAAACUCCACGGCCAUCUCUCCUGGACACUUCCAAACCUCCAUGAGUGUGGAGGUGAUUUUAAUAUUAUGUUUAAUAGAAAAGAAAUGUUUUGAGUUCAUUAGGAUUUUAAAAAGUCUUAUCUAUACAUGCUUAGUAUGUGUCCUUAGGAUGUUGUCAGAGAAAUACAAAAGAAUUGCUGCAGUGGGGGGGUACCUUACUAAUUUGUUACAUGACAGCGUCAAUAAGGAUGGAGUAGGGGGAGCAUAUAAAUGAAAAUGAAUAAGCCCGUCCAUACAUCUCCCUCCUGUGGCUUGAUGUUUGAGUUACACAGCAGAAGCAAUAUUCUCCACAGGAGCCGGAUAAUGGAUUGUCAUUACACUGUCUCUUUAUGGCAUUGAUCUUGGGGACGCAAAUCUGUGGCACGGUUGCCGCAUGUUAAGCGGGUCCUUUGACGAUGAGACUGGCAUGGAGCUUAAAGUUCAUCCUUAAAUGACCUUUUACACUACUCACAAUAAGUUCAGGAUAUUGUGAAAGACUCAGUGCAUGUCAUUUACAGUAUUUGUUUCACUACACAGAUUUUAGGGAUGGGGAGGGGGUUGUAUUGUUUUGACUGUGUUCAGUGUGUCAGACUUAUGGGGGCCAAAACCAAAAAAUUCUAAAAGAAAACCCUUUUCAAUGUGGCAUCAACGUCAACAUUCUGUUGGACAAAAAGCUGAUUUAGCCAGUAAGUCAGUCCAAGUUCAUCAUUCAAACAGCCAUGAACAUACGACGUCACCGACCUCACCUUGGGGUUGGUUGUCUCAAAGUAUCAUCAGCAGACUUGCCUCAGGACCCAAAACUACUGGCUGAGUUUGUGACGAACUGCAACCAUGACGAGAACCUAAGGACCCCUGCACUCAGACGUGGUUUAGCAAACGGAUCACAUCUGCAGGCCCGUCAACCAGAUGUGAGGGGUACCGGGGCUUCCAAACAAAGCAGUCUACUCCACCGCUUUGACUGGAAUGACAGACGAUCGUUGCCGGUGACUCCACUGACACCAAGGCUGUGAACAUUUGCAGUUGACACAAGACCAUGUGACCUGGACAAUGCAGCAAUGGUCAACCAUCCUGUACACUAACAAGGGUCGGGUCAUUUUGCACAGAAAUGAUGGUCGUACACAUUUGCUAGAGAAGGUGAAGUGAGCAAUAUGUCGAGGUCGGCAUGGUCCCCAGGGUUGGCUUUGGAGGAGGUGCAACAGUCUGAGCAGGCAUCACCAUCUUACCACAGAGACAUCAUAGAACCAUCAACAUUCCCCAUGGAUGAUAAUGCUCCACCACAUGGUGCCAGGAUUGGCACAGCUGGACUUCAGGAAGUGAGAGCGCCCAUAUAGUAUGACCAGCGAUGACCUCUGACCCGAACGCCAUAGAGCAUGUCUAGGAUUGCAGCAAAUGGUGGAAAUACUCGGUAUUGACAUGGUCAAUAUUUAUUUGGGGCUAUUUUUCCUGUCUUAAUUUUAAGGUAAUAAGUAUCAAACCAAAUAAAAACAGUAUUUUUUUUGUCAGUCUUCUCAUUAUAAGUAAUAUCAAUGGGGACUUUCAUUAAGUUUCAGACCAAACUGGAAAAGCACUCAUAAAUAACUAUAUCCCUAACUUAUUGUGACUAGCUGGAAAACAUUCUAACUUUUGUCUAAAAAAAAAAAAAAAAAAAAAAAAAAAAAAAAGGUUGAGUUUUUCCUUCUAAAACGUAUAAACAUUAAUAAGUUAAUUGGCCACGACACGCUAAAUAAAUACAAAGGUUUUCCAGUUAGCAGGGAUAUCCACAGCACAAACAGAUGCACCAUCUUGGUUGGGUUUUUACUUUAAAAAUACAGAGCUCCUCUUAUUUCCUGCCACCACUUCAUGCAUGCACUGGCUCACAUAAUGAAGCCAGUGAAUAAUGCAGUUAAUAAACUAAUCUGAUUAAAGUAGGCGGGUGACACAGCAGUUCAGUUAAUUUUAGGCUGAGCAGCAUGAUGGAAGACAAGGCUUUGCGUCUCUUUUUAGCACCGUAGAGGUGUCCUAGCAAUCCUAUCACUGCCAGUAGGACUGGUGUCACCACAGGAGCUGUCCUUUAUCCCGACGUCUCUGGACUCCAUGGCAGUCGACCACGGCAAGCCUUCUUGGCACCAGGAUGCCUCCAGCAGCGGGGAAUGGUCGUCCAAAGUCGGGCGGCCGUCAGACAUCUCCCAUCCUGCUGCUGCAGCUGAACCUCACAAUCAUGACACAAAAGCUGUCACGGUGAGCUCCGGCAGCCGUGGAAGUCCACCCCAGGUGCCAGACCUUGAGACCGCCUACCAAGGCUCUAAUCGCAGACUAGUCAGGGUUCACCACCCAGUUACUGUCGGCACAAGCCAGGCCAACAGCAGCCCUGAAUUCCCCAGCACAGCUUUUCCAAGUAUGAAAGCAGAUUCUCCUGCUGAAAGAGCUCCAAGCUCCGGAGCACUUGUGCUGGGAUCUGACAGACACAAACUGAGCCCUGAACCCCUCUUGUACCCUUCCUCCCUCACAGUCCUCCCCUCUGCCCCCAAUGCUGCAAAAGACCUGAAACUCAGGGAGCAUCCUGUAGAAUCCACGGAGCUGCUCGCACACCACACCAUCACUCUGCGGGAGGCCCCCGCUGUCAAUGAGCCCCCCACCGCUGAGACGGGGAUAAGUCCAGCCCCGGGGUCUGCGACCCUCAAUGAGAAUCUGACCUCCGCCAACCUGUCCACACCUGUCCCCAGCGGCAACUCACAGAGCUCGACUGUCCUCGCCGUCAGCCACGCCGCAUCAACCACGGAGGAGGGGCCGCUGGCGGCCGGGAACGGCACAGACAGCCCGCCGGCAGCCCCCCGGCUGGGAAAUGCCACCGCUCAUGCGGGGCUGCUCUCCAACAGCAGCUACGUCCAGUACGCGCCAGAUCAGGCCAACAAUUCUGAGCCUCUUUCCACGUUUAGCAGGAACUUCCUCAACAGGCAGGAGCCAGCCGCAACUGAUGAGCCCUGGGCGCCCGGCAACAGCUCGGACCCCACCGUCAGAUCCCCGUCGUCGGAAAUCUGCCUGAGCAGGAUGGAUAUCGUGUGGAUGGUGUUGGCCAUCAGCGUCCCAGUGUCCUCCUGUUCCGUGCUGCUGACGGUCUGCUGCAUGCGGAGGAAGAAGAAGUCUGCCAGUCAGGAGAACAACCUGAGUUACUGGAACAACGCCAUCACCAUGGACUACUUCAGCCGCCACGCCGUGGAGCUGCCCAGGGAGAUACACACUCUGGAGAGCGAGGAGCACGACACCUGUCUGCCCCCCAAUGGAGACUACAGCGGCAGCAGCGUGGUCCUGGUGAACCCUUUCUGCCAGGAGACCCUGUUUCUCAACAGAGAGAAAGCCUCUGCCAUAUAAGGACAUGCUGAUCCCUGUCAUUUAUACAUAUAUAUAUAAAUAUAGAUAUAGAUAUACUUAUGGGGUAAAUACUCAGAGACUUUAUACUGUAUAUUAGAAACACGAAGAGCAACCUGAGGAAAAGUCACUGAAAAAAA